AUGGUUUACUCUCGCUCAUCGAAACUUCAUUCUCAUCAUUCAUUCUGUUGGAAUAUAUCAAAAUAUUUCAAUUGUUUUGAUAAUAAACGAUCUAUAUUAUUAUUAAUACUUAUUCUAUUGACAAUUCUGAUAUUCUAUUUAAUCUCUUAUACACCAAAACAAUCAGGAAUUAUUGAAGAUACAGAUAUAUGUUCAAAAUUACUUUAUAUUAUUUAUAAUAGUAAUAGAACUUUGUGUAGUAAAGAAGCUGAUCGUCGUGGUAAUAAACAACGUAUUAUUGCAUUAUCUAUAUUUGGUCCAAAAGAGAAUCAAAUGUUUGUUGAUGAAAAAUUUUCUCAAUUGAUUUUACCAUUGAUCGAUGAAGCUAAAUUAUUAUUUCCAUCGUGGACAAUACGUUUAUAUGCAGAUAAAUUUUCAAUAAAUCGACUGCAUUUACAAAACUUAACACGUCAGGCAACAAAUAUUGACAUAUGUAAUGUCGAUGAAUUGUCAAUAAUAGGUAACGUGGCAGACUAUUUACCAGGAAAAUUAUGGAGAUUUUUACCGGCACUUGAUCCUAUGGUUGAUUUCAUAUCAUCACGUGAUCUUGAUUCACCAUUAACACAACGUGAACAAGUUGUAGUUGAACAAUUUAUUGAUUCAUCUUAUUUAUUCUUAUCAUUACGUGAUCAUCCAUUUCAUAAUAUUCCAAUACUCGGUGGUUUAUGGACAAGUGCAUUAUAUAGAGAUCGUUUAUUAUUUCUUCGUUUAUUUAGUAUUUUACUCGAUAAAAAUCAAGUUCAACAAUAUGGUUUAAUCAAGGAUCAAAAAUUAUUAUGUGAUUUAGUAUGGCCAAAAGUUAGAGAUCAAUCGUUAGUAUUUGAUUCAUAUACAUGUCAUAUGUUUCCUCAUGGACAACAGCGUCCUUUUCCAACGCAAAGACCGUCAAGAGAGUGUCAUGUAGGUUGUGUUAGACCUUGUUGUCAAAAUUCGUCAAAUAUUGUUUUUAAAGAUCCAUGUCCAGAAAAAUGUAGGCCUAAAGAUCAUCUUGACUGGAUUUACUGUUAA